GACAGGCAGAAAGGAACACGGAAAUAGUAGCAGUGGAGAGGGAUACUGACUGCUUGAAUUUACCCGCAUUAUCAGCUUUUGGAGCUUCCUUUUGAGAUUUUAUUUACGGACAAAGGUUGGAUUGGUUUGACUUCAUCCCGGGUCGAGAAUGUCGGGGAGCCGGGAGGAGGAGCGGCGUAAAUUAGCCGAAAUCAUUAACCACUGGAACGCCAACCGGCUCGACCUGUUCGAGAUCAGUCAACCUACCGAGGACUUGGAAUUCCAUGGCGUGAUGCGCUUCUAUUUCCAGGAUCGAGUUGCUGGCAACUUCGCCACCAAGUGCAUUAGAGUAUCCAGCACAGCUACCACGCAGGACGUGAUUGAAACACUGGCUGAAAAGUUCCGACCCGAUAUGAGGAUGCUUUCAUCUCCAAAAUACUCUCUAUAUGAAGUUCAUGUCAGUGGGGAAGAACGGAAGCUUGAUUUGGAUGAAAAGCCUUUGGUAGUACAGCUGAACUGGAAUAAAGAUGACAGAGAAGGAAGAUUUGUAUUAAAAAAUGAGAAUGAUAUCCUCCCAAAGAAGAUACAAAGCAAUGGACCUGAGAAGCAAGAGAAAGAAGGCAUGAUACAAAACUUUAAGAGAACACUGUCAAAAAAGGAGAGAAAGAAAGAGAAAAAGCGGGCACAGGAAAGGGAUGAACAUUCCCAGGCCAAAGAGGAUGGGGAAAAUUCACGAUUAGCUGCUGAAGUCUACAAGGAUAUGCCUGAGACGAGCUUCACAAGAACAAUUUCCAAUCCAGAAGUGGUUAUGAUGCGUCAACGGCAGCAAAAACUGGAGAGAAGGAUGCAGCAGUUUCGUAGUAGUGAUGGCAGGCCUGAUUCAGGGGGGACAUUAAGAAUAUAUGCUGACAGUUUAAAACCAAAUAUUCCUUACAAGACAAUCCUCCUAUCAACCACAGACACAGCAGACUUUGUUGUUGGAGAGGCACUUGAAAAAUACGGACUUGAGAGGGAAAACCCAAGAGAUUACUGCAUUGCUCGGGUUGUAUUACCUCCAGGAUCUCACAACUCUGAUGACAAGGGUGGAAAAGAGACCAUUCUUGAUGAUUCUGAUUGUCCACUUCAGAUUUUUAGAGACUGGCCAAAUGACAAAGAAGUCUUGGUUUUUCAGCUUAAGAAAAGGCCUCCAGACUAUGCUCCAAAGAAAUCUAGGAAAUCAGAAGAGAAGGUACCAAGAGUAAAGUCUGUAGAUGGGUCUCUUCAUGGCUCCUUGCAGCCAGAAAAGCUGCCAUACCUGGUGGAGCUGAGCCCAGGGAGAGGGAAUCACUAUGCCUACUACAACUAUCGCCACCAAGAAGAUGGCUCUGAUUCAAGGGAUAAACCAAAGCUGUACCGGUUACAGACAAGUGUCACAGAAGUUGGAUCUGAGAAAACGGAUGAAAACUCCAUCCAGUUGUUUGGCCCAGGCAUCCAACCUCAUCACUGUGAACUAACCAAUAUUGAUGGUGAAGUUUUAUUGACCCCUCUAAGUUUUGAAGCAGAGACCUAUGUUGAUGGUCAGCGCCUCACAGAGAGCACCUUACUUCGAAGCGGCAUGAAGGUCCAGUUUGGGUCUUCUCAUGUCUUCAAGUUUGUUGAUCCUAGCCAUGACCAUGGGUUAAACAAGAGAGGAAUGGACUCAGGCCCCAUGAUGAAAGGCCCAAGAAGCAAGUCUGGUAGUGUCCCAGAGACAACGUUUGAUCUGGAUGGAGAUAUCCAUAGUGGCACAGCACUUCCAGCAAGCAAGAGUUCUAGUAGGUUGGACAUUGAGAGAUCAGCACCUACAUCAAACAUUAGUGAACGAGGAAUGGUAAAGCCUAUGCUUAGACCUGAUCCACAGCAAAGUUAUCGGAAACAGGACCUGAGGUCCCAGGAUGGCCAUGGUCCAGAAAUGUUGUUACCAGCCAGUACUGAAUUUAGAGAAAGCUCUGAAGAUGCUUUCCUUUCUGCAAUCAUUAACUAUACUAACAGUUCAACUGUCCACUUCAAGCUAUCCCCUACAUAUGUACUAUACAUGACCUGUCGCUAUGUGCUAUCAAGUCAAUAUAGGCCAGACAUGAGUCCUUCAGAACGCACUCAUAAGGUGAUAGCCAUUGUCAACAAGAUGGUGCAUAUGAUGGAGGGUGUUAUUCAGAAACAGAAGAAUAUUGCUGGUGCUCUAGCCUUCUGGAUGGCAAAUGCUUCUGAACUUUUAAAUUUUAUAAAGCAAGAUAAAGACCUUAGCAGAAUCACCUUGGAUGCUCAGGACGUCUUGGCCCACUUAGUACAAUUGGCCUUCAAGUAUCUGGUUCGCUGUUUACAGUCUGAUCUGAAUAAUUAUAUGCCUGCAUUCUUAGAAGACCCAGAAGAGCAAAGUCCACAGAGGCACAAAAUAGAUGAUGUUUUGCACACCCUCACUGGAGCUAUGUCACUGCUACGCAGGUGUCGUGUGAAUGCUGCCCUCACUAUUCAGCUUUUCUCCCAACUCUUCCAUUUUAUCAACAUGUGGCUUUUUAACAAACUGGUGACAAAGCCAGAAUCUGAACUUUGCUCCCAUUACUGGGGAGCAAUCUUGCGUCAACAACUAGGCCACAUUGAGGCCUGGGCAGAAAAGCAGGGAUUGGAACUUGCAGCUGACUGCCAUCUUAGCAGAAUUGUACAGGCAACUACUCUUCUUACUAUGGAUAAAUACUCAUUGCAAGAUGUUCCCAACAUUAACAACACUUGUUUCAAACUAAACUCCUUCCAGCUACAAGCAUUAUUGCAAAAUUAUCAUUGUGCACAUGAUGAGCCAUAUAUACCAAAUGAGCUAAUAGAAAAUGUAGUGACUACAGCAGAGAACACAGCGGAUGAGUUGGCUCGGAGUGAUGGCCGUGACGUUCAGCUAGAGGAAGAUCCCGACCUGCAGUUACCUUUUCUACUACCUGAAGAUGGGUACUCAUGUGAUGUAGUGCGUAACAUUCCUAAUGGUUUGCAGGAAUUCUUAGAACCACUCUGCCAGAGAGGGUAUUGCAGGCUUAUCCCACACCCUCGAUCUCCUGGCAACUGGACUGUAUAUUUUGAAGGAGCUGACUAUGAAACUCAUUUCUCACCUGACAGCACAGAGCUGCCUAUGAGGAAGGAGCCAGAAGUUGUCACCGUAACACUGAAGAAGCACAAUGGGAUGGGUCUCAGUAUUGUAGCUGCAAAGGGUGCUGGACAGGACAAAUUAGGAAUCUAUAUAAAGUCAGUAGUAAAAGGAGGUGCAGCAGACUUGGAUGGUCGUCUAGCAGCAGGUGAUCAACUUUUAAGUGUUGACGGAAAGAGCUUAGUAGGACUUUCACAAGAAAGGGCGGCAGAACUAAUGACUCGGACUGGCUCUGUAGUAACAUUAGAGGUAGCGAAACAGGGAGCAAUUUACCACGGAUUAGCAACACUGCUUAAUCAACCAUCCCCAAUGAUGCAGAGGGCUUCAGACAGAGGUCGUGGCUCAGGUAAACCCAGACCAAAGAGCGAAGGCUUUGAGCUCUACAAUAACUCUGCACAGAAUGGCUCCCCUGACAGCCCACCGGUGCCGUGGGGGGAGUACCCUGAACCAAAGAAAAUGUCAGGAGAGGAAAGACUGCUCAAGAACAGGGCUGACCACCGAUCCAGCCCUAAUGUAGCCAACCAGCCUCAUAGUCCAGGAGCAAAGACAGUUUACUCAGGUGGACCAUCAUCAAAAAUUACAUCUGUAUCUACAGGCAACCUCUGCACUGAUGAACAACAAGCACCUCCAAGACCUGAGGCAUAUCCAAUUCCAACCCAGACCUACACCAGGGAGUACUUUACAUUCCCAGCCUCUAAAUCUCAAGAUAGGAUGGGGCCAGGGCCUGCUCAACAAUGGCAGAACUAUGAAGACAGGUCUAUGGGACAUCCUGAUGAUCUUUCUUCUAGCAAUAUGCCCAUUCAGAGAGUAACACGAUCUCAGGAAGAGCUGUGUGAUGACCGAGUAAAUUACAAGUCAGAGCGUAUGCGAUCUGACGAUAUUCUUCUGCUUCAGCAACGUGAUCUUGAGUAUCAAAGAGGUCGAGGUAGUGGUGAGCACUGGAAUCAGCAAAUUUCCUCUUCUGUAGAGUCAAGUACCUCCAGUCAGGAGCACCUCAACUACCCUUCAUCCAAUUCUUCAAAGCCCCCAAGCCACAAAAGUGGACCAGGCCGCUGGAAAACUCCAGUGGCUCCUCAUUCCGCCCCAGUUGCAGUCUCUCAACCAAUGCGUACGGACCUCCCACCACCACCACCACCACCUCCACCUGUGCACUAUGCAGCUGACUUUGAUUCUCAGUCUGCUCUCCCUCUUCCUCCCCCUCCACCUGGCACUGGAAUUCUGCAGACUUCAGCUUCUGUAGCUGAUAUGAAAAAGCGUGAGGAACAGCAACGAUGGUAUGAAAAAGAGAAAGCAAGGCUGGAGGAAGAAAGAGAGCGCAAAAAAAGAGAGCAGGAGAGAAAACUAGGACAGAUCAGAAAUCCACCAGUACCAAGUAUCCCUAUGCCUAACCAACACCCUCCAUUGUCUCCAAUGGGAAUUCAGCAACAGCUGACACCACCACCAAUGCCUGUGCAGCAACAGCAAUACUUAAUGCCUUCUGUGACAACUCAGCAACCUUCCCGACCGGAAAAAUUGACUAGUCUCCCUCGGCCACCACCUCCACCUCAAGAAACUGUAAUUCGUGAGCUCCUUCCACAGCAACAGCCACGUACAAUUGAACGUCGGGACUUGCAGUAUAUCACCAUUAGCAAGGAGGAACUUUCCUCCAGUGACAGCCUAUCCCCUGAUCCCUGGAAACGAGAUGCUCGUGAGAAACUGGAGAAACAGCAGCAAUUGCACAUUGUAGAUAUGCUCAACAAGGUCCAAGAACUACAGGCUAAGCCAGAGCGUACAGCAGAGGAAAAUGACAGACUAAGGAAGCUGAUGCUUGAGUGGCAGUUCCAAAAGCGGCUUCAGGAGUCUAAGCAGAAUGAGGAAGACGAUGAGGAAGAGGAUGAUGAAGAUGUUGACACUAUGCUGAUCAUGCAACGGCUAGAGGCAGAGAAGAGAGCACGACAGACUGCUGUUCCAGCAAUCUCUGUUCUAGACUUGUUACAGGAUGAGGAGCGCAGGCGCAAGCAGCAGCUUGAAGAGAUCCGCAAACGGGAAGCAGAAGACCGGGCAAAACAAGAGGAGGAAAGACGCUGGCGAGAAGAGGAGAGAAAUCGCCGAGAAGCAGAGGAGAAGAGAAGGCAGGAAGAAGAAUAUUAUACUCGUCUGGAGGCAGAACGGCGCAGGCAGCACGAAGAGGCUGAAAGAAAGCUGUUAACACCUGACGAGCCUGGUCUGUACAGACCUCCUCUCCCCCGGGACUAUGAGCUCCCUUCUCCCCCACCCCCCUCCACUAACGCUGCUCCACCCCCGCCUCAAAGAAACACCUCUUACCUCAAAACGCAGGUCAUCUCCCCUGACACAGUGUACACUGCCAAGUUUGUAUCGUACAAUGAUGAGGAGGAGGAGGACUCAAGCCUAGCAGGUCAGGUUAAGUUCUCCGCUACAAGAAAAUCCUAUGGUGACCUUCCUCCCGAUCCCAAGCCUCAACCGCAGCAGCCAUCUGCCCGGCCGCCCCGCCCGGUCUCUGAUGGGAUCUUUCUUUCCAACUCAUUCCAGCUACCAUCAGCCAAUGCCAACAGUACUGCUUUCAAGACAGACCCCCCCCCCCCCCCUCCCACCAAACCCAGCAUCUUCCUGCCUGGCAGCUCCAAAGGAUCUAAUUCGUACACUGGAUCUACAGCAGGGGUUGUAGGAUCACAUGAAAUCUAUAAAGAUCCAAGAGAGAAGUGGGUUAAAAGUGGCCAAGAUCAAGAUGCCAGUGUGAUUGGGGAAGCGCCAGAAAGCCUAACAUUUAAGGAACGUCAGAGGUUAUUUUCCCAGGGACAGGAUGUAUCCAACAAGGUGAAAGCCUCAAGAAAACUCAUGGAAUUGGAAAAUGAGCUGAACACGAAAUAAAAACUGGAGCCUUAGCGAGACUGAGGCAGAGGAACACCUCUUUCACUUUGUAUAGUAUGAUUCUGACUUUUUCCCCCCAAUAACUGGACUGUUAAAUAUGAUUUAGAUUUACUGUUGCAAUAUUGAAAGACAAUUUUUGCUUUGUCUCAUUGAAAUUCUCAGAUUAAAAGCACUGUACAAUGUUUUAAUAAACAGAAAAAUCUCGCGUAGGGCAGAACCUUAAGGAUUUGGGGUUAAUGAAUGCUAAGAUUAAAAAAAAAAAAAAAAACAACGAGGCCAUAAUAGCUUACAAUGACACAAAAUCUUUUGUAAUGUCUAUUUUAUUAUUUAGCAGUUGAGCUCUUUGGAUCCGAGCUGGAUCUCCACAUUAGGAGGGACUUUUCUUCAAUAUUUUUUGAAUCCUGUUGUGGUUCUCAAUGGUACCAGUCUUCACUGGUUAGUCUGAGUGAAGGUCAGCGUGUCAUGUUUGCGUGCGGUGUGGUCACCGAUCUGGAAAUGAACUCAAGCUGGGGCAGGAAACCAGCCAUUCCUACUUUAGCAUAUCAGUGGCAGACAUCAUGUUGAUUUUGUGGAGAGAGGAAAAAAGAAAGUGGUGCUUGCAUCUCUUUUUAAGGAUAGAAUAUUUCAGUGCUGCCAUGUUCACAGCCCAGGAGCACAUUGCUUCAGACAGAGUUCAUUUCACAGGAACAGAUUGAGCCUCUGACACCUAGGAAUAACGUUUUAAAUCAGCCAAAUUCGUAAAAAAAGAAAGGAAAUGAUCCAAAAGUUAAGAGACUAGAAACUAGCUAUGUUACUCUCUGACUGUCUUAAUGGCCUUCACAUUACCUGGUUAUGAACUUUUUUUUUUUUUUUAAUAAUGCAUUUUACUUACUGUGCUUUAAUUUUAUUCGUUGAAGACUGCUGUUAUGGUUUGGAUGUGUCCGUAGGAAUCUUUUGAAUGCAGUCUUUUUGCUUAUUACAUUCCUAAGUAGUUAUUGCUCACAGUGUGUCUGGCUGAACGUCUUGCCCGCAAUGUGACUUGCAUUCCCAGACGUCACAGCAGUAGGCAGUGGGUGUGAGGCCAGCUCUGUGGGGCUUGUCUUGGUGGCCGGCUGGCAGCAGUCUGCUAUUUGUGACGGUGAGCACCGCUGCCACGCUGCUCUUUGCGUACAAACUUGGGUAUUUUUUGUUAUAUUUGUUUGUUUGUUUGUGAAAGACACUAAAGUUAUUCCUACCAAAUGUAUGGCGUGUGUGAGUGCUUUGAACUGGAUCCUCUGGAAGCAUUUUACUGUUGUGCCUCCACUUGAACUUGGGGGUGUAUGCACACUACAAGACUGGAUAGUAGAAUAGACAUUCACUGCCUUAGCUGCGACAAUUCACUUUAAUAAAUAAAUGAAAUUUGUAAGAUAAUGAUUGCAGAUGUUUAAUGAAGAUUGGUGUGUAAAUAUAUUUUUUUUUGUUUUGUUUUUUUUUUUCUUCUUUUACACUUAAUGAAAUAAUCUUAUUUUGAAGAAAAUAGAAGGUGCGUUUUUACUAUGUUGUCUGUACGAUCUUCUGUCAGGCAGUGAGUCUUGCAGCACAUUCUCGAAGGACGUCAUUUGUGCCUGCCCCCCCAAACAACUCUGCGGCUUCUCUUGUUACCUAAGUGAAGUCUUAUUCCUGUAAUGUGUUUAUUUAUCCCUGUGCUGCAAACUAAUGGAAAACUGUCCAAAAAAAAAAAAAAAAAAAGGAAACAAAAAAACCACAAGAUUUUGGAGGACAAUUUGCGUGUCUGUCUGGGUUUUAUAGGACUUUCAGGGUUUGUUGUGCUAUGAGUUCUAAAGUGCUUUCAUCAAACAAUGUGUGUUUAUUACUGAAAGCAUUGAAACUGCUGUAGUUUAUAAUUUCUACUGUAUUUCACUUGCAACCUAUUUUUAAUAAACUAUCUUUGUAUGUA